GCAAAGUCGGCCUUUGAUCGUACCGCCGCCGAGUUGCCGCGAAAGUCGCGGGCGGAGUGUGAUCUGGCCUCCUGUUCCGUUCGCCACUGUCUGAAACCAAGGUAUCGUCAGUUUCCUCUGACGCAUUGCGAAUAAAUUGAUAGAUGGCCCUAGGGAUUGUCUCAAUCCCGUUUGUUCUUGUUUAUCUUUUUUACUGCAACGACUAACAGCGCUUCUUUUUCAUUUUUUUUUUCUUUUUUUACUGCGAACUCGCCUCGGAUUCCCGUGUUCCGCUUCGAGAUGGCGCUUCGUCUCCCGGCCGCCAUGCGGCCACUCCGGCCUCAUAGGCUGGCAAAACCUUCUGCACAACAGGCACGAUGGCUCGCGACGCCGGUUCAUCCAGUCACCCAAGACUCUGGGCGGGGCCCAACGGCUAUGGUGUUUCUCAACAUGGGCGGCCCAUCGACGACCGAUGAAGUGGGCGACUUCCUCAGCAGACUAUUCUCCGAUGGCGAUCUCAUCCCUCUCGGCCGGCUCCAGGGCUACAUCGGCCCGCUCCUCUCCAAGCGGCGCACGCCCAAGAUCCAGCAACAAUAUGCGGCCAUCGGCGGCGGCUCACCCAUCCGCAAGUGGUCCGAGCACCAGUGCGCCGAGAUGUGCAAAAUCCUCGAUAAGAUCUCGCCCGAGACGGCACCGCAUAUGCCCUAUGUCGCCUUCCGCUACGCGAACCCGCUCACCGAGGACAUGUACCGGCAGAUGUUGGCCGACGGGUUCGGGAACGGCCGCGGGGGCCGCGCCGUCGCAUUCACCCAGUACCCGCAGUACUCGUGCUCGACGACGGGGAGUAGCCUAAACGAGCUGUGGAAGUGGCGCCAGAGGUUGGAGGGCAAGGCCGCGCUGCGGAACGACGGGACGGACGGGACGAUCAAGUGGAGCGUGAUCGACCGGUGGCCGACACACCCGGGCCUCGUCGAGGCGUUUGCGCAGAACAUCGAGGCCAAGUUGCUGGAGUAUCCGGAGGAGAGGAGGAACAAGGUGGUGCUGCUCUUCUCGGCACACAGUCUGCCCAUGUCGGUGGUGAACAGGGGCGAUCCGUACCCGGCCGAGGUCGCCGCCACUGUCCACGCUGUGAUGCAGCGGCUGGGCAACGCCAACCCUUGGCGACUGUGCUGGCAGUCUCAAGUCGGCCCUCAACCCUGGCUCGGCCCGCAGACGUCGACCUCGGUGGAGGACUACAUCGCCAAGGGCCAGAAGGACUUGCUUCUCAUCCCCAUCGCGUUUACCUCGGACCACAUUGAGACGCUCUACGAGCUUGACAAGGAGGUGAUUGGCGAAUCAGGGCACGCCGACACGGUCAAGCGUGUCGAGAGCCUGAACGGCAGCCCGGUGUUUAUUCAGGCGCUUGCCGACCUGGCCAAGUCGCAUCUCGACAGCAGGGUCCCAUGUUCGACGCAGAUGGGACUGAGAUGUCCGGGCUGCAAGAGCGAGAGGUGUGCCGAGUCCAAAAAGUUCUUUGCGAGCCAGCAGGUAUAAGACUGGCUGUUCCAGUACGCUGGCGUAUUAUAUCUUGUAUACUAUCCAAGUCUGCUCUACCGCGGCUCCCGAAAUUGUCGUGAGUUGCUCUCCCGAUACAAUUGUACGUUUUGGGAGUGCAUUUUGGCGGAUUCGUGUCCAUGUUUUUUUUUUCUCGGUCCACGAGCACGAAAGUGAAGACGCUGGACAUCAGGUGGGGUUGGAAACCGGAUGCAACCCGACGUUGACG